AUCGAUUGUCCACCGGCUGUUCAUCGAUAAGCGUAAAACGCAUGUCGUAAUCGUAUUUUGUUAUAAUUACUGAAUUAAUCAAUUAAAACUUUAUUAAAAUGGCUCAGAGUAGGCUUGAAAAGAUUGGCACCAUCUUCACCAGAGUUCAGGGUCUGUUGCGCGGUGGGGCCAUGAAAACUGAAGAUAAACCCAUUUGGUAUGAUGUUUACGCCGCCUUUCCACCGAAACUAGAACCACGAUUCGACAGACCUGCUCCCGAGAUUCCCAUUCGCAAAAUAUUUUAUGCCGAGGAUGUGGUGCGAGCGAAACUCCACAAGCAGAACAAGCCCCAGGAAACGAUAUCCCUGUUUGACCACAAGCGCAGCACGCAGUCGCAGCAAUUUGUGCAAAUCUACCAGGAUCUGAAGGCCCAGGGAGCACUUGAUGAACAGAGGAUCUACGAGACUGCUCUGGAUCUCCUGGCCGAGCAGCGUCAACAAUCCCGACUAGAGUCCACUACAUCUGAGGAAUCACUUCCCGAUCUGGAUCCCGAAUCCAAGAGCCAACUUUUGAGCGACUUUAAGGAAGCAGUUGGCACCCAACAGACGAAGUCUGCAACUUCACCAGGUCCUCCCAAGGCGAAAAAAGAUGCCGGCGUGGGAAUCAACAUAGACAGUUUGUUCAAGGAUUAGACGGAGGAUCUUUUAUAAACUAAAAAUAAAUUGUUAUAAAUCAAA